AUGACGUCCCCUCGUGUUAUUGUCGUUGGCGGAGGCCUGUCGGGUCUCAGCGCGGCUCAUACUGUCUACCUCAACGGUGGCAAUGUUCUCGUUCUCGACAAGAACAACUUCUUUGGUGGCAACUCCACCAAGGCCACCUCUGGUAUCAAUGGUGCUCUGACUCGAACCCAAGUCGACCUGGGCAUUGGCGACAGCGUCAAACAGUUCUACGAGGAUACCCUCAAGUCGGCCCGUGAUAAGGCGCGACCGGAUCUCAUCCGGGUUCUGACAUACCAAUCCGCCGCCGCAGUCGAAUGGCUCCAGGAUGUGUUCAAUCUUGAUCUCACACUCGUUUCCCGACUGGGUGGUCACUCUUUCCCUCGAACGCACCGCGGGCACGAUGCUAAAUUCCCGGGGAUGGCCAUUACAUAUGCUUUGAUGCAAAGAUUGGAAGAACUCUGCGAAUCGGAUCCCAAAAGAGUCCAAGUCAUCAAGAAGGCCAGAGUCACAUCCUUGAACAAAGAGGGCAAUGUCAUUACCGGGGUCACAUAUGAGUGCGGUGGCGAAACGCAUUCCGCGGACGGCGUUGUGAUAUUGGCCACCGGCGGUUACGCUGCCGACUUUACAGAGACCUCUCUUCUCAAGAAACACAGACCGGAUACCUUCCAUCUAUCGUCGACCAACGGUACCCACGCUACUGGUGAUGGCCAUAAGAUGUUGAUGGCCAUCGGUGCCAAUGACAUCGAUAUGGACAAAGUUCAAGUCCACCCCACCGGUCUGGUCGAUCCGAAAGAUCCCAAUUCCAAAUGGAAAUUCUUGGCCGCCGAAGCUCUUCGAGGUGAAGGGGGUAUCCUGCUCAACCGCGAUGGUCAACGGUUCUGUGAUGAUCUAGGCCAUCGCGACUAUGUUUCGGGCAAGAUGUGGGAAGAGAAGGAGAAGGGCAAAUGGCCCAUCCGACUGGUUCUCAACUCCAAGGCAUCUAAUGUGUUGGACUUCCAUACCCGACACUACUCUGGUCGAGGUUUGAUGAAGAAGAUGACUGGUCGAGGGUUGGCCAAAGAGAUGGGCUGUGGUGAGGCUGCCCUCGACAAGCAAUUCAAGGAAUACAAUGCCAUCGCCAAGGGCGAGAAGAAGGAUCCCUGGGGCAAGAAGUAUUUCCACAACAUGCCCAUGGAUAUCAACGAUACGUUCCACGUUGCAUUGAUGGAACCAGUCCUGCAUUUCACCAUGGGUGGGAUGGAAAUCAACGACAAGGCUCAAGUCUUGAACUCCGAACAGAAGCCAUUCGAGGCUCUAUUCGCUUGUGGUGAACUUGCUGGUGGUGUUCAUGGUGCAAACCGACUUGGUGGUUCCUCACUCCUUGGUUGUGUGGUGUAUGGUCGUGUCGCUGGCGCAUCCGCAUCGCAGUACUUGUUCCAGAAACUCACAGCCGGUGGUGCCGGUGGUGCUGCACAACGUCUCGGUCAAAUCUCGCUCCAUAUCGAUCCUAGCACGCCAGGCAAGAUUUCAGUUGAAUGGGGAAGUGGCGCUUCUGGCGAGAGCAAGACGGUCUCUCAACAGUCUCCAAAGAGUGCGGCUCCUGUGACGGACGGCCGGAAGGCCGAGGAUUCUGGAAAGAAGAAGGAUACCAGUGAUUUGAGCUCCUUCAAGGUGCCCGAGAAGGAGUACAGCUUGGAGGAGGUUGCCCGACACAACAAGAAGGAUGAUCUGUGGAUCGCCGUGAAGGGUGUUGUCAUGGAUGUUACCAACUGGCUCGAUGAACACCCCGGUGGUCCUCAAGCCUUAUUCAGCCAUAUGGGCAAGGAUGCGACAGAAGAAUUCGAAAUGCUUCACGAUGAUGAAGUCAUUCCCAAAUAUGCCGCCGACAUUGUGAUCGGCCGUGUCAAGGGACAAGAAGUCCGGCUAGAGUAUUAG